CACACCGUCUGCCUCCGCCAGAGGUGCAAAUUGAUGCGUGCGCCUGCGCUAAGUAAAGCUCGCCGCUCGCCAGCCAGCUCAGUCAAGCCCCAACCUCCGCAGUGAACGAUCGUGUACACUUGUGCCGCGAAACAAAUACGAUAACUUAGUUACAGAUCAGAAUAAACAAAAUUUAAGUACCGUUGUAAACAAAUAAUAUGACAACGUAAUAUUAAGUGAAGCCGCGAUGUCUUUUUGUAGAAUUACGGGCCGCAGCAGAGGCCUGCCCAAGCCAAACUACUUCCCGCUCCUCGCGCCGAUCUCUCCCGCGGAUGCCAAGCGCUGCUGCAGGAUCACCGGCAAAUCAUACGGUUUGCCCACUCAUCACUACAUUCCAGUACUUUUGACGGCGAGUUCUUCUAAAACAAAGUGCAAAAUAACAAAUGUGGCCGGCGAACUUGGACCCCACCAUUAUUCGCCAGAAAUUAAUUAUGGCAACAGAAAACAUGACCUGCUUCCGGAUUACAGAUACAUAUUCCCUAUUCUCGACGGCUCUACCGAAGCUCAAAAAGCAUUAAUGGAUAUGUUAUUAACUAAACAAGUUACUGAAGAAAAGCGAUACGUUUAUACUGUUCAAGAAAGACGCUGUGGAUUAGUGUUCUCUGCUCGUAUGGAAGCAGCCGUGCGUGAUGGAGACGUCAGGGAUGUGAUGCUCGCCAAAGAUUCGGAUACGGUUCUUAUAAAAACAAAACAGGGUCGAAGUGUUUCUAUGGACUUUAAAGAUUUUACCGAAGAUGUAGAAAUGUAUGAAGGAGAAGGGCCGAAUGCGGAAGUGCUAAAGUUGAGAGAACAAGAAGAACUUGAAGAAAGGAAGAAAAAAAGAAAACGGGCAGCGGCAUUAUCGUCGAUGAAAAAAAUAUUUGAAACUAAGGAAAAACUUGCAGAAGUUCAAGAAAUCGAAGAAGAAAUACUGCGUCAAGAUCGUUUGGCCAAAAAAGCUAAAUUAGAGAAAAUUAAACAUGAAAAAUACGACUCUAAAAGCUAUUCGUGUGACAAUUUUAACAUAAAUGAAAUGCGAUCCAAGUCUAGCAUUGCUGUAUGUAACGGAGAAUGGAAAGAUCAAAUACACCCAUUGAUGGAAACAUGGGAUUGGGACUUACUUGAAAAGGAAACAAAAGAUGAGCAUUUUAUUCCUAGGAGCACAACAUUACCUUCACCCGUGAAAAUAACACCUUAUCAUUGUGAAACAGAAGUAUACCAAGUUGAUAGAAAUAUUAGUGAAGUGACAAUACCUCUAGAAAGCGUUCCUUGUGUGAACCCUUUAAAACCGAUUAAAAACCGGCCAUGUGAAACAAUAUUACAAGCUGUGAAGGAGCUUUCGCAGGAGCGCUUAAAUGAAACUACUGAUGUGACUGAAAAACUAUUCGAAGAAAAUAAAUUAGACAUGUUGCCCACAUUAGAAAUUUUGCCUAAUGUUGUAAAGAACAUUAAAAAAGGUAAAAAAGAAAAAAUCGCUAAAAUAUCGGGAUUAACUUUAGAUAUUAAUAAGGCAAAAACCUUUAUUCCUGGGCAACAUAUAAAUACACCUAAAGGACUAAUUUUCGUUCCCGGCCAGACUGUUGAAACCCCAGUUGGACCUGUUUUUGUUCCAGGUCUAAGUGUAAACACGCCUACUGGCCCCGGUCUUAUCCCUGGCCACAUAGUAACAUCAGGAAAUACACAAGAGCCAUUCCUCCUUGCUGGCCAAGUUUUACAGACAGCAAACGGUGAAGAAUUUGUUUGCGGACAGACUAUUAAAAAUAAAGACACAUAUCGUUUCACAGAAGGCCAAACAGUUCUGUCAGAAGAAGGUCUUAAAUUUGUACCAGGCAAAGUUAUUAAUAAUGGGCCCGAAGAAAUAUUUGUACCGGGUCAAACAAUUUUGACACCAGAUGGUGCGCAAUUUAUUCCCGGUCAAACAAUCACAGAAAAUGGAGAAAUAUCAUUCACACCGGGGCAAAAUGCUAAAAUAAAUAAUGAAUGGCAGUUUGUUCCAGGACAAGCUGUACAUCAAGAUGAUGAAUUACAUUUUGUUCCUGGAGCUACAUUGGCAACACCAAAUGGUCUAAAAUUUGUACCAGGCCAAACUGUUAUAAGCGAUGGUGAGACAUGUUUCGUACCAGGAAUUACAAAAACAACUAAUAAAGGCUUGGAAUUUAUACCAGGGACUACCGUUGAAACAAUUGACGGACCAAAAUUUAUCGAAGGUCAAAUCGUACAUACAGAUUAUGGACAGAAGUUUUUACCUGGGAAAACAAUUGUUCAAGCUAAUGGACAUGUUGAAUUUUCUGUUGCAAAAUCUAUUGAUGAUAUCAAUUUCACUGAGGGCGCUCCCGUAGGUUUGCCAAUAGAUAUUAAAACUUGUUCGGUAUCCGAAGAGUCUCUAUAUGUUUUUGGCCAUAUGGUACAAACGGUUAAAGGGAUAGAAUUUUAUCCCGGUCCUAAAAUGCCUAAAAUAGAAGGUAAAGUUGUUCCUGGAAGACUUGUUAAAAACGGUUUAAAUGAGUCUCGCUUUGUGCCCGGAAUGAUGGUUGAGGGAAUUUUCGUACCGGGACAAAUCGUGUUUACUGAGAACGGUGAGCAAUUUGUUCCGGGACAAGUUGUUGAUACUGCAGAAGGACCCAAAUUUGUACCUGGUCAAGUGGUCAAUACAAAGAGUGGUGCCAAAUUCGUUCCUGGUCAAACCAUUCACACUAUCGACGGCCCUCGCUUCGUUCCUGGUCAAAUAAUUGAAACGAAAGCUGGUCCCACAUUUAUACCCGGUCAAGUUAUUUGGACUGAAGAGGAAGGAUCACGGUUCGUUCCCGGUCAAGUCGUUGAUACCGAAGAAGGUCCAAGAUUUGUUCCAGGUAGAGUUAUUGAAACAGACGAUAAUGGCGUUACUUUUGUACCUGGUCAAAUUGUACAGACACCUGAAGGUCUAAAGUUUGUUGCUCCAGAUCUGGUUGAAGGAGAAGAGGGCUUAGAAUUCUCCGUCCAAAGUUUUGUUGUUACACCUGAAGAACUUAAACUUUUGAAAGUGAGAACUAAUCCAAACGACACUACAUCUACUAAAGGCGAACUUACAAUUGACACAAAUAUGUUACGACAAUUAUCCGAAGCCGGCAUGUCGAUCGGUAGACAAGUUCCGGCUGAUCUGCCUGCAAUAAAUAUUAUUUUAAACCAAACAAGAAAUACUGAGGCAUUAAAAGCUUUUAUUACUGACUAUGGUUUAAAAGAUGAUAUUGCUAAUCAACUAAUGGAGAUCGUUACAUCGAUAAUUGAAAUAAGUGGUCAUUUGAAGACUGAUAUUCAUGAAAACAGAGUCGAAAAUGACUCCAAAAAAAGCAGAUUUAACAAAAAACGACUUGACAGCUGCAAUUAUGAAGAUGAACAAGAUGUGCAACAGGAAAAUGUUAAAAAUUCAAUCGCAGCAGCUGUUUUAGCUGCUUUAGUUGCAGCUGAACAGUUUGAAGGAAUAAACAACAAUAACAGCAGAGAAAAAUAUCAACUUAUCUUAAAAUCUAUCGACACUAUAUUGGGACAAGCUAUUGAUGAAAAUUUCGUAUCUGCUAUGUAUAAAAUUCUUCAAACGGAGGAAAGUAAAGAAAUGCUUCGAGAAGAAAUACUUGAAAACUCUUCGAAACAAAAGAUAGAAUUAAUUAAAAUUGCUUUAAACAGUACAUUACACAAACAUUCCCUGCAAGAAGAAGAUAUAAUUGAAAAGUUUUGUGACUUUCUGAGCAGCGAAAAUGAAGUCUUGGGGCCUGCUUUCAAAAAUAUCACUAAAAACGAUGCAAGUGUUCUACGUCACGUACUUAAACAUAUCACUGACUCCAUUUCCUUUAUUAAAACUGAUAAUGAAGCAGCGGAAACACUUCAAAAAGUUAUCGUGUCCGCGGUUCAAGAGAAUAGUACGAAAGAACUAGAAAACAUUUUACAAGAAGGUGAAUCAAGUGAUAUUAAACAAUUUAUUGGACAAUCAAUCGGUCUCGCUCGAGUACUUGGCAUGCACGAUGUUGUCAAAAAAUUAUCAAGUACUCUUGAAAAUGAGACAAACUUAGGGAACUUAUCAAAUGACGCCGAAAGUAUGAGCAUUUUAAAAAGGGUAACAGUUAUGAGAAAACUUGCCGAUAAAACACCUGGUUUAUACUCAGCUCUACAAAAACUAGAAAAUGAUCCACAGCUCGCUCGUACAGAUCCCAAACUAAGGGAUUUAGUACGAGAAAGCGCUGCUCUGAUGAUCAUCCCUGAAGAUCGACCUUUGAUGACUUCUGAUGAGGUUCCAUUAAGUUUACUUCAGCCCGAAAACAGUCUAGCAAUGGAAGACUUUCUAUUCCAAAGGAAGAAACAUCGGGGAGCGUUAUUGAUUAUGAAAAAAGGCUUGCAGGCUGUGGUUCCCCGCGAAGCCAGUCGGUCUGUUCUGACCGGUGAAGUAGCCUACACUGUUCUCGAUGAAAAUGGAAUAAGACACUUUGAACCGCUACAUGUAUUCUCAGCCUUAAAUCUUAGUAAACCUAUCGCACAUCGUUUUAGUAUGUAUAGCUGUCCAGUCGUAGAUGACAACGAGGAGGACCUUCAAACAUUUACUGGCUAUUGUAAUAUAAGUAAUAGUCAAAGAAUAACUAAGUUCGGUGGAUGGAACCGUCGGUACAGCGGUGUACACGACAGGGAAAACACUAGAAGCAGAAUGAGCACUUUGGAUAAUACACCCAGUUACAGACGUUACUCUUCAAGAUCCUUAACUAGAUCUAGGUCUACUUGUAGCAGAAGCCCACCUAAGGUAGAGGAUGUGGUGGUGGCGCCGUGUGACUACACAGCCGCAGCAGAUGAUGAAGUGUCGCUCAAGACCGGCGACAUUGUCGAGGUUCUCGACACAAAAUCCGCCCCCGGGGCAAAGAAGCCGCGCGUGGACCCCGAGCUGGAUGUUAAUGCACAACUCCUCGACAUCUCGGCAGCCAAGCAUAAGCUCGCCGUACGACCGAAGAAAAAUCAUCCGAAAAGACCGAAGAAUACGAACGAUAAUGGAGAAAGAUGGCUGGUGCGCGUGGUCGAAGACGUGCAGGAGGGGGAACUGCACACGCGCCAGGGCUGGGUACCAGCCAGCCUACUCAAGGAGAAGCGCCCCGAAGCUGAUCAGAUCGCCAUUGCCGCAAGGAGGCAGGCGGUGGUGCGCGAGCUGAUCGAGACGGAGGAGGAGUUCGGGCGAGACAUGCGUCAGGUGGCAGCGCGCUACAUGCGCCCACUGGACAAGGCACACACCCCCAAAACAGUCUUCGACAACCGCGAACUGCUCUUCUCAAACUUCCGACAGAUCUGCGAGUUCCACAACACUUCGUUACUGGAGGGGUUGAAGUACUACGCGGGGGAGCCGCGAAUGCUGGGACGCGCGCUGCUGCGCAUGGAGCGCGAGUUUGACAAACACGCCGCCUACUGCCGCGACGAGCCGCUAGCGCAGCGCCUUCUGGCCACAGAACCUGUCGUUAACAAGUACUUCCAGAAAAUAGCGGAUAAGAUCGGAGACGACAAGGGACUUGCGGAACAUCUUAAGCUUCCCAUACAGCGGAUUAACGACUACCAACUACUAUUGAAGGAACUCGUGAAAUAUUCGAAACGCCUCGGCGAAGAUUGCAACGACCUACAGAACGCUCUCGAACUUUUCCUAGGCGUACCCAACCGCGCCACAGAUAACAAAUUCAUAUCGAGUAUCGAGGGCUAUAGAGGGAACAUCUACAAGCUCGGCCGCCUUCUCACACACGACUGGUUCACCGUCACCGUCGAGGGGAAGUCCAGGGAACGAUAUCUCUUUCUGUUCAAAGCGAGGGUCCUCAUCUGCAAAGUCAAGAGGAUCGAAGACGACAGAUCUGUCUUUGUUCUCAAACAUAUCAUCAAGCUUCCCGACACCGAAGUCCAGGACUAUCCAGACGACAAGCUAAAGUUUGAGCUUCACCAGAAAUCCCCACAGCUGGUAUUUGUGCUCGCCGCGCACAAGGAAGCAGUCAAGACCAACUGGCUGAAAGAGAUCAGACAACACUCCAAAGACGUUGUUGCAUUAGCUGAACACGCUGCUGACGAUCUUCAAGUGUUGUCACAAGAACAACAAACAUCAGAACAUCUUUCGCCUGAACCAGAAGAGAAAAAAAUAAAACGGAAACAGACGGAUACAGAAGAAGACCAGAAACAAGAAAAGAAGUCCCGAGCGGAAGAACUUGAAGUAGCCGAGAUAGUUACUAGACAAGAGUCUCUUGAGGUGUUGCAAACCAAAAGAAAAGCGUCUAUAGAAAGCGCUCAAACUAAAAAAGUUGCAAAGACUGACAUACAAGAGUUGUCGCAUAUUAACGAAAGUCAAGACACAGACACGGCAGACGAUAAAAGUAAAGUCACAGCCGAUUUUGAAAUUAAAUCAUCUGUGACUGUACAUGAAAGCGAAACUUGUGAGGUACAAUCAACAUCUCUUUCCGACCCUACUGUAUUAACAGUAAAUCCAGUAGAAGAAGAAAAAAUAUCUGAACCGGGUAAGAUUUCUAGAGAUAAAAGAGCAUUUAAGAGAAUUAAAAUAAAACCUGAGGGUGAAUUAGUAGAUGCUUCAAGUAACGUCGCCGUAUCAAGAACUGAGAAAAUAGAGACAGAAGGAGACGUUACCUCGGCAACUGUUAGAUCUGAAGUUGAUAUACAAAGUGAGGAAACAUUCAUCGUUCCGCCUCAAAUAUCUGAACAUCAGAAAGCGGGAUUAUUCGUGCAAGAAGAAUCAUCUUCAGUUUCAUUAUCCAAACAGACCAAAGUCACUUUAGAGAGUUCGUUAGGAGAACAAACGUCUCAAACUACUUUACAAGUAUCCACAGAACAAAACUCGCAGUCGAAUCCGGUCAGUGAAAAUCAGACGAGAACAGGUCAAAAAGUAUAUUUUGAAGUAAACUCUAAUCAAAAAGACAGUGAAUCAACAGCUGAAUCUGAUGAUCUGACAGUCACUGAAAAUACUGAUAUUAAGAAUAAAACACAAAAAGAUACUAGAAGAUCUAUUUCGCGGAAAGCAUCCGGACAAACAUCUUCAGUUGAUAAAGCUGAGUUAACAACAGAGGAGGCAUCUUUUACUAAAGACAAACAAACACAAGAGCAAAGUACUGUUACUGCCACAACAGAAGCUACACGUUCAUCUACUGCAUCGAUUAGUAGAAAAAGUGAAUCAGUGUUGGAGAAAACUGCUAAUGAAAGUGUGCAAUCUCUCGAAUCAAAUCAAGGUGAAGCGAAGUCUGUAGAAGUUGGUGCAGCUGGAGCUGCUGAGUUUGAGCCAACGGCAUUGAGAAGCAGUCAAACUGUAACCGCAGAAGAAAACGUCGAAGACGAGAUGUCGAGGUUUAAUAGUCGUAGUUCGAGGACUUCUGGAGAAUAUUCCAGUAGUACUCGAAAAUUAUCAAGUGGUGGUCGGUAUGAAUCUUCUACCGGAACCAGCAUGUCUUCUUACUCACGACGUGAGAGUGGGUCACGUAUAGAGAGCGGAAAAUAUGAAGCUAGUGGAACCAUUGAGGGCAUCAGUUCCUCUAAAUAUGAAUCCAAAUAUUCGAGUGCCAGCGCUCGAGUCGAGGGGGGAAGCGCUUACGGUAUUGAAUCUAGCUACGACAGCAAGGCCGAAGGAGGCUCGAAAUAUGGCAUUGAAUCAAACUAUGAAGCUUCUAGUAAGAUCGAUAGCAUAGCUUCUAAGUAUGGCAUCGAUGCAAAUGGUAAAAUCGAAGGUCGGUCCACAAACUAUAUUAUCGAGAGCAGCUACGGUGGAGAAAAAAUCGAUGGCGGAGAUAAAAUUGAAUCUUCUUUCGAAACAACAAGUAAAAUCGAUAGCAUUGCUUCCAAAUACGGUCGCGAUCUCAAUGGAAGGGCCGAAAGACGUUCGUCGAGAUUAAGUAUAGAUGCAAGUUAUGAUGGAGAAAAGAUUGACGGUGGAUCAAAAUACGAGUCCACUUAUGAGAAAUCAAAGAACGGAGAAUCUUCCUACGAAAGAAAAUAUUCAAAAGCGUCUAUAUCUAAUGGCUCCGUAACCAGUGAUUUCGAGUCUUCAAGGUCUGUAAAGAAAUCCGAGUCUGUGGACGGAAAACCAAUUUUCACGAAGACCAUCGAAGGGCAGAACAUCGAACCGGGUGAAAACGCGGCAUUCGAAUGUUGUCUUCACGAUUCUGAGGAGGUGAAGGUGACUUGGCUGAAGGACAACAAGCCGCUGACCGACCGCCUGAUGGACCGCUGCUCCAUCACCUCGAUAGAUGGCGCUUUCAGGCUGAAGCUCAUGCACUGCAGGGAAGACGACGCCGGCACUUACACCGCCAUUGCGGAGAAUAAAAAGGGCAAUGCCCAUUGCACCGCUCAGUUAGUCGUCCAGGAGCUAACUCCAGAAGAAAGGAAAGAAAGGAAUGCUCUUAACGCGCCUUACUUUUUGGUGGCGCUGAAAGAUACUGAGAUUUUAGAAAACACUUACCUACGUUUUAUGGUGAGGGUCAAAGGUGACCCCAAUCCAACAGUUAAAUUCUACCGAGACGGAAAAGAGAUAGUAACUCGUUCUGAGAACGACCGCGUGUCUAUAGUGCGCACGCGCGCCGAGCACGGCUCCUACGAGCUGGUGAUCGCCGACGUGCAGCCCGGCGACGCCGGCCUCUACGCCUGCCGCGCCAUGAACAUCUACGGUGAAGUGGAAACCGAAGCUAAAGUCACCGUUGUUGAUGACAAGAACAUAUUUGGAGAACUACUCCCGGGUGGUGAAGGGUUGCUGGCGAAAGGAGAAAAAGCCACAUUCACAUGGAAGAGAGAUGGACAACCUUUCGACCCCGAAGAAAGAUUCAAGGUUUUGCUGGGUGAUGAUGAGGACUCGCUGGCACUGGUAUUCCAGCAUGUGAAGCCAGAAGACGCCGGUCUCUACACCUGCGUCGCCAAGACCAGCACUGGCAACAUCUCAUGCUCCGCAGAGCUCACCGUACAAGGUGCGGUCCAUGAACUGCACCGGGAGCCGGAGAAGCCGACGCUGGUGAUUGAGCACCGGCAGGCUGUCGUGGCUGCCGGCGGCUCAGCCAUGCUGGAGCUGCAGUGCAAAGGCUACCCCAAGCCCAACGUCGUCUUCAAACACGACGGACAGGUUGUGGAGCCCGACACCAGGCACAAGUUCCUGUACGAGGACGAGGAGUCGAUGUCGCUGGUGAUAAAGAAUGUGACGGCGGCGGACGCGGGCGAGUACCAGGUGACGGCCAGCAACGAGCUCGGCGAGGACACCACCGUCAUGCACCUUCUCGUCAAGGACGCGCCCAGGAUUAAGAAGAAGAUUGAGAACCAGUCCUGUAUGGUGGGCGACACACACACAGUUACAGUUGAGGUGGAGGGCACACCAAUUCCGGAGGUCAGCUUCUACAAGGACGGCGCAGAACUGAAGAGUUCUGAGCGGAUUGUCAUCGUCAAAGAGUCCGACUACGUCCACAAAAUUACAAUAAAGGACGCCAAGCUAACGGACACGGGAUCUUAUUCAGUCGUCGCUAAGAACGAGGUGAACCAGUGCUCGGACUUCUGGCAGUGGCACGUGUCCUCAGCGCCCAAGAUUGUGAAGAAACUGGGCGGUUCCAAGGUUUGCGAGGAGAAGGAGACUGUCACCUUCAAGGUUGAGACUGAAUCAGAUCCAGCGCCUGAUGUUAAAUGGUUCAAAAAUAAAACAGAGCUGAAAGAGUCAUCGACGAUUAAGAUAUCAUCAUCAGGCGAGGCUCAUUCGCUGGUCAUCACCUCCGCCGCGCGCGCCGACGCCGGGGAGUACUCCUGCGAAGUCCGCAACGUGCACGGUUCAGCGAGCGACUCGUGCGUGCUGAACGUGCGAUGCGCGCCGCAGUUCCGGCAGCGGCUGCGUGACGUCACCGCCAGUGAGGGUGACGUCAACGUCGAGUUCACCGUCGACGUUGAAGCGUACCCCGAGCCCAAAGUACAAUGGUACCUGGGCGACGUGGAGAUAACCGAGAAGAAGUCGGUGUACACCCGUGUGGAUAACGGCAGCUCGCACAAGCUGAUCUUGAAGGAGGUGUCUGCGGAGAUGUCCGGCCAGUACUCCUGCAAGGUCACCAACGACCUCGGCAGCGACUCCUGCCACGCCACAUUCACUGUCAAUAGGAAGCCACGGAUCACAAAGAGCUUAGUAGACAUGACCGUGGAUGCUGGACAAACUCUGAAGCUGGAGGUGGAAGUGGAAGGCUGCCCCGAGCCCAAGGUCAAGUGGUACAAGGACGGCAAGGAGGUCACUACCGACGCUAGAAUCAAAAUAGAACGAGACACCAAAAGAUUGGAGAACUAUAACUUAACAGUGACUCUUGUGAAGGAAGAAGACGGUGGAGAGUACGAAGUUAGGGCUGAAAAUGAAAUGGGUAGCGUGAGCUCCAAGAGCACUGUCACCGUACACACUAAAGAAGUUCAUUCAAGAUUCAAAAAAGAAACAAUACUUGAAAAAGAAGUCGAGGAAGAUAGCAAACCUAAAAAGCAAGAAACUAAAGAACUUCUUGAGGAUGAUAAAGACACGGCAACUAUCAAUAAAACUAAAACAGAAAAGAUCGAAGAAAAACUUAUUGACGAUACUUCAAAGAACGUAAGGUUUGAAAAUGUCGAGCAGACAGCUGAAAAAGCUAAAAAGUCACUCACUGAAUCAGAAGUAAUAGAAGAUAAAUCAUUCUCUGAAGUUGACGAUAGUCUUAAAGCAAAGAAAACCACAGUUAAUGAUUGUGAUAUACAACCAAAACAAGGGAAACUUUCAGAACUGGAAGUAGCAGAAGAGAAGUCAUUCUGGGAUGACGUUGAAGAUGAUUUUAAACCCAGGAAAACCAAAGUAAAUGAUGCUAAUUUAAAUUCACAAGAAACAAAACAGUCCUUCACGGAACCAGAAUCAGUAGAAGAAAAAUCUAUUUGGGACGAAAAUGUAAAUGAAAGCACUCAAAAAACAUUGGUCAAUGAGAUUACUAAUGAACCUCAAAAAGUUAAAAGAUCAUUUUCCAAACCGGAAGUAGCUGAAGAAAGAUCUAGUGGAAAUGAUGAAAUUGAAGACCAACCUAAAAUACCCCAUGUUGAGGAAAUACAAAAUAAGCCGCAAAAGUCUAGAAAAUCAUUCUCAAAACCUGAUGAAGUAGAAGAAAAAUCAUUUUGGAAAGACACAGAAAAUGAAGAAAUUAAGAAAGUAACAGAACAAGAAGUAAUUGACAAACCACAAAAAGGAAACAAAUCCUUUUCGGAACCUGAAGAAGCUGAAACUAAAUCGUUCUGGGAUGACAUUGAUGGCGAACAAAGUAAGAGUGUGCAAAUUGAUAAUAGUGAAGAAGUGCCCAGAAAAUCUAAAGAAUCGAUAACAGAACAAGAUAAUCAGCAAUUGAAAGACUUGAAAUAUGAUGAAAAGACAAGUGGAAAAUCUUUGCCAGAAUCUGAAUCAGUCGAAACAAAAUCUUUUUGGGAUGAUAAUGAAAGUGAACAACCCCAAAAGUUACAAGUAGAUGAAUCUAAGGAAAAGCCUAAAAACUCUAUAAAGUCAAUCACAGAAGCUGAAAGCGUCCAAACAAAAUCAUUUUGGGAUGAAAAUGAAUAUGAACAAAUUAAAAAACCUGAAGUUAAAGAGAUAGGAAAUGAUAUACAAAAGAGUAACAAAGGAAUAACGGAACCUGAAAAUAUAACAAAAGUAGAAAUAGAAGAAGACUUGAAGCCUUCAAGACGUAAAUCUGUUAAAAAACAAUCUCUUAAAGAAGAGCCGAUAAGUGCUGAAAAAGAAGGCCGAGUGUUCGAAACAAUAACCACAUUCAAGACAGGCGAGGACGGGUCUAUUGUUGUGUCUAAGGUCAGCAGCACCUGCUCCCACGGCGCCAUUAUCACAGGUCCUGCCGAAACACACACUUUGCAUAAAAUGACAUCGAAAUACUACGAUGAUGAUGAUGAUGAGUGCACCAGAAAAGUUAUACGACCCAAUAAGCCACAUACUACUUCUUUAGAAGUAGAAGAAAUUGCAAGUCACAGUUAUUUUCUAUCCGAUUUGGGUUACUAUACAGUGCCGGACCAUGUCAGGAGAGGCACAUAUGGUAUUAUAGAAGAACCGCAGACCGAUUCCGAUGCUGACAGUUUGAGAUACGGACGAUUUACCGGAAAUAGAACGGUUUCUAUCCAUUCCGUUUCGGAAGAUGAGAACAGCUUGCACAACGAGUCGUUGUCGCGGGAAAUAUCAAUUGAAGAUUUAUCAAAAACAAUAUUUGAAAUAGAUGAAACUCGAAAAGUGUUCAGCAAAGACUCAUACGUUCGUCAGUCUUCUAUCAAGGAAGAUUACUUGACGAACGAUGGAGACGAGGAAUAUGUUAUAUUAACUGAAAAACGUCAAAAAGUUUUUGAAAAUGAUAUCACUGAAAAACUUAUAGAUAUUCGCAAAGAAUUUGAUGAAAAUGUAUUUAAAAAUAUUGAAGAAAAGGCAGAUGACGUUAAAAAUCGAAUAAUCGAGGAAUUAGUCAUAGGAGACGUAAUGAACCAUGACAACAUAACAAAAGAUGUCACCGAGACGACCGUGGAGAAAAAGAAAAAACAAAGCGGAAAAUUAUUCUGCGUAGAAGAGGAGGACGAUAGAGAAGUGGAAGCCUUGCUGAGACGCAGUCAGAGACAGAGAAGCAUAUUAGACGAUAUUAUAAAUCAAGAAGAUGUGAAAGCACCACCGAAACUGAAAGAGAGCAGCAUGAAAGAUAGCAGUGUGUUCGAAUCCCUACCUCUGGUGUUUACUGUGGAAGCGAGUGGUUCGCCGAAGCCAACGGUGCGUUGGCUGCACGAUGGCAAAGAGGUCAAGCCAGAUGCCAGGAUCCGCAUCACCAACGAUGGAGACCUGUACAAACUAGAAGUGGACAAGGCCGAACUCGGAGACGCCGGCAAAUGGCAGUGCGAGAUCAGCAAUAAUCUUGGAAAAGAUGUUCUUCAGGCAGAAAUAACUGUGAAACCUGAGAGUGAGCUACGCAAGCCUAUCUUCAAGACGCCACUGGAAGCACAGCGCGUGAUGCAGCGCGAGCCGGUGACACUGCGCGCGGUGUGCACGGCGGACCCGCUGCCGCACGUCGCCUGGCUGCUCAACGGGCACGAGCUCACCCCAGAUGCCACGCUGCUCAUCGACGCUGAGAGCAAAGACAUCGAACACGGACUCAAGGAGUGCGUCUUCACUCUUCGUAUUCCCACUGGUCGUCACGCGGACACCGGUGUGUACACUAUUGAAGCAAAGAAUAAGUACGGAGUGGGCGAGAGCUCUGCGCGCCUCGACAUUCUGCUACGGCCGGAAAUUGAGGGCCUGAAGGACGUCACCGCCAUGCCGUACGAGGAGACCACCUUCAUCGCUAAGAUUCAGGCCAACCCCAUCGCUGAAGUGCAAUGGAGCAAAGACGGAUACGUCAUAAAGCCGUCGUCGAAGAUCGAUAUAGAGGAGGACAAGGGCUCGGAGACGCACAAGCUGGUGGUGAAGAAGGUUACCCUGGAGGACGCCGGCGUGUACAGUGUCACCGCCAAGAAUGAGAUCGGGGAAGCCUCGCAACAAGCUAAGCUUACAGUUCACACGGACAAGCCGGUGUUCACAAAGCCGCUGCAGAAGGAGACGGUGAAGGACUACGCGGACUGCACGUUGAAGGUGCGCUGCGACGGCGUGCCCAAGCCCGAGGUGCGCUGGUUCGUCAACGGCAAGCAGGUGGUCAACGACGAGCGCCACACCGUCACCACGGAGGUCGGCGGUCAGGUCGACAGCGAGCUCGAGAUCAAACACUUUAAUACAUCCGAUGCUGGCAAGUACGUGGUGCGCGCUGUGAGCUUGUCUGGUGAGGCGGAGUGCGAGGCUGUGAUCUCGAUGGCGCAGACUCCGCCGGGCUUCGCGCACAAGCUGGAGCGCCAGAAGGACGUCGACGAGGGCGAGCCUCUCGAGCUCAAGGCCAAGCUCGACGGCAGCCCCAUACCCACUGCCAAAUGGUACAAGGACGGCGCCCCCCUGGCCGCGGAGGACUCGCGCGUGAAGCAGAGCGCGCUGCCGGACGGCACAGUGAGGCUGAGCAUAGAGCACGUCACUCCCGCCGACUGCGGCGCGUACAAACUUGUCAUCACCAGCCCCAACGGAGAGAACUCAGCGCUCUGCGCCGUCGCCGUCAACCCUACACCGCGCAAACCGUCGUUCAGCGAGCCGCUGGAGGAUGUGAAAGCAGUGGUGGGUCAGCCGCUCAAGCUGCAGGCGCGCGUCAUGGCCUUCCCCGCACCCGAGGUCAAGUGGUUCAAGGACGGUCUUCCGAUCCGUCCGUCGCAAGCCGUCAACUUCAUCAACCAGCCGGGCGGCGUCAUCGGUCUGAGCAUCGACAGCUGCCGGCCGGAGGAUGCGGGUCAGUACGCGCUCACUGUCGCCAACAAGCUCGGCGACGUCGAGUCCAAGGCCAAGGUCGAGGUCCUGCAGAAGGAGCGCAAGCCCGCCUUCGUCGCCGAGCUCAUGCCCGUCAAGGUCAUCGAAGGAUUCCCUGCUAAACUGGAAGUUAAAGUGCUGGGACAUCCACCGCCGGUCAUCAAAUGGACACACAAUGGUCAAGAGAUAGUUCCGGACGGCACCCGUAUCCGAGUAGUGACGCAGCCGGACGGUGCGGUGGCACUGCUCAUAGCCGAAGCCAAGGCGCCGGAUGCCGGACAGUACGGCGUUAUCGCGGCCAACGACAAGGGGGAGACAUCUUGCACCGCCGAGCUCAGUGUUGCCAGUCGCGAGGAUGACUCGUCGCCACAAGAAAAGCCGCGCUUCGUGCACGGUCUGCGAGAGACGACGGCGGACGAGGGCCAGCCCCUGACCCUCAGCGCGCCCUUCGCGGGCAACCCCGUGCCUGAAGUGGCCUGGACCAAAGACGGCCAGCCGCUCAUACCCAGCGAGAGGCUACUGCUGACUUGUGAUGGCAAGAGGGUCGGUUUAGAGAUCAACCCCGUGGUGCCGGCGGACGCGGGCGUGUACUCGGUGCGGCUCAGCAACCCGCUGGGCGAGGACAGCAGCGAGGCCCCUGUCAACGUGCGCAAGGUCUUCCAGCCGCCCACCUUCUCGCAGAAGUUCACCGACCUGCAGCAGUUGCCGUCCUUGGACGCCAAGUUCUCAGCGCGCGUGCACGGCAAGCCUACGCCCGAGGUGUCGUGGUACCGGGACGGGCGGCCGCUCACCGCCGGAGACAAGUACGGCAUCAAGCGCGACGGCGAGGCCUGCUGCCUCUACGUGCGCGACCUCGUGCUCGACGACGCCGGCACAUACAAGUGCGUGGCCAGGAACAAAGAGGGCGAGGCCGUCUGCGAAGCUGCACUGGAAGUUGUCGAUAAAAUCGGUCGCCAGCAGCGCGCGGAGCCGCCGUCCUUCCUGAAGCGCAUCGGCGACGCGGAGAUAGUGCGCGGUCUGCCUGUCAAGUUCACCGCCUGCGUCACCGGCUCGCCCGAACCUGAAGUCGAAUGGUAUCGCAACGACGAGAAGCUGUUCCCGUGCGAGCGCAUCCGCAUGGACCACGAGUCCACGGGCCUGCUGCGGCUCAGCAUCAGCGGCGCGGACCACGGCGACGUCGGCACCUACCGCUGCAGGAUCUACAACCCUCACGGCGAGGACUCCUGCAUUGCCAACCUCACUUACGACACGCUCGAACCCGUUUCGAGUAAGCGACCGAUCUCGGAGCAGUACUCGGAGUUCGACAAGAUGAAGAAGACGGGUGUGCCCAUGCCACUGAGCGACAAGCCCAUCAUCUCGCGUAUGGCCGACCGCCAUCUCACGCUCUCCUGGCGCCCCUCCAUCCCGCACGGCCCGCGCUUCCCCGUCACCUACCAGGUGGAGAUGUGCGAGAUGCCGGACGGCGACUGGUUCACGGCGCGCACCGGACUGCGCUCCUGCGUCUGCGACAUCCGCAACCUCGAGCCCUUCCGGGACUACAAGUUCCGCGUGCGAGUCGAGAACAAGUACGGCGUGAGCGAACCCUCGCCCUACGCGGUGACGCAGCGCGCGCGGCUGGAGCCCGACCCGCCCAAGUUCGUGCCCUACCUGGAGCCGGGCAUCGACUUCCGGCCGGAGACCUCGCCCUACUUCCCGCGGGACUUCGACAUCGAGCGGCCGCCGCACGACGGGCACGCGCAGGCGCCGCGCUUCCUGCGCCAGGAGCACGACGCGCAGUACGGCGUCAAGGGCCACAACGCCAACCUCUUCUGGUUCGUGUACGGCUACCCCAAGCCCAAGAUGACGUACUUCUUCAACGACGAGCCCAUCGAGAUCGGCGGCCGGUACGACUGGAGCUACACCAGGAACGGACAGGCCACUCUGUUCAUUAACAAGAUGUUGGAGCGCGACGCGGGCUGGUACGAGGCGGUGGCGACCAACGAGCACGGUCAGGCGCGGCAGCGAGUGCGGCUGGAGCUGGCCGAGUACCCGCGCUUCAUCACGCGGCCGCAGGAGACCGUGGUGCUGCAGCGCCGCACGGCGAGGCUGGAGGCGCGUCUCACCGGCGUGCCCUACCCCGACAUCAAGUGGUACAAGGACUGGCAGCCGCUUGCGCCCAGCACCAGGAUCAAGAUGCAGUUCAUUGAGCCGGACACGGUGAUCCUUGUGAUCCACGACGCCAUCCUGAAGGACGAGGGUCUAUAUUCGGUGUCGGCGCGCAACGUGGCCGGCGCCGUCAGCUCCUCCGCCAUGCUGCACGUCGAGGAGAGCGAGCACGAGUAUUCCACCAGAAUCCGCGAGCACCCGCCACGUGUGAAGCCGAGCAGCAAGCCCUUUGGGGACUUCUACGACAUCGGCGACGAACUGGGCCGCGGCGUGCAGGGAGUUGUCUAUCACGCUGCGGAGAGACUCACCGGUCGCAACUACGCAGCAAAGAUAAUGCACGGACACUCGGAGUUGAAGCCGUUCAUGAAGAACGAGCUGGACAUCCUCAAUCUGCUGAGCGACCGGCACCUGGUGCGGCUGUACGACGCCUACGAGCGUGAGCACACACUGGCGCUGGUGCUGGAGCUGGCCGCCGGCGGAGAGCUCGUCCGCGACCGCCUCCUCAGGAGCCAGGGCUACACGGAGCGCGAGAUCGCGGGCUACGUGCGGCAGCUGCUGCGCGGUCUGCGUCACAUGCACGACAACAACAUUGCGCAUCUCGGACUCACCAUCGGCGAGCUGGUGCUGUCGCACGCGGGUAGCGACGAGCUGAAGCUGUGCGACUUCGGUCUGUCGCGGCGCAUCCUGGCGGAGCGUCUCGCGGCGCUGCAGUACGGCGUGCCCGAGUACGUGGCGCCCGAGGUGGCGCGCGGCGAGGGCGUGGCCUUCUCCGCCGACAUGUGGAGUGUCGGCAUCAUCACCUACAUCCUGCUCAGCGGACACUCGCCCUUCCGCGGACACAACGACAGGGAGACCCUCACCAGAGUUCAAGACGGUUCGUGGUCGUGGCACGACGAGUCGUGGUGGUCGCGACUAAGUAUGGAGUGCCGCGACUUCAUCUCGCGCCUGCUGGUGGUGGACUGGCGCCAGCGCAUGGACGUGCGCGCCGCACUGGACCACCCCUGGCUCACGCGCGCCGACAAGAUCUACCACGACGAGUUCCUCAUCACCACGGAUAGACUACGGAACUACUACAACCUAUACAGGGACUGGAUCAGCAACGCACAAUGCCGGACAUGGUUCCGCCGCCGGCCGCUCUCCGGCGCCUUCGACCAUCCCUCCAAGAUGGUGUAUCCACCCGGAGAGAUAUACACACCUGAAUAUCGUGGAUCGCCGGAGCGCGAGCCGCGGGAUCGCGCCGCUCCGGACCUCAGCAUGCCGCACUGGGACCACCCCGACUGGGAGGUCUCCGCCACCUCCGAGAGCCAUUACCAGAACGGGCCGGACACGUACCUGCUGCAGUUGCGAGACACGCAGUUCCCUGUGCGUCUGCGCGAGUACAUGAAGGUGGCCUGCGACCGCUCGCCCGCCUACAACCUCAGCGUGCACGACGCAUACGACCCUCGGACUCCAAUCAUCCGCGAACGUCGUCGCUUCACCGACAUCAUGGACGAGGAGAUCGACGACGAGCGCCGCGACAGGAUCAACCGCUACGGCAGCGAGAGCUACACCAUCCGCCGGCUGCGGCACGAGCUCGGCACCCGCCUCGACAGCUACGCGGAGGCCCAGGCCCUCAUGGAGGCCAAGAAGGACGGACAGCUGCCCUUCUUCCGGGAGAAGCCGCAGAUCCUUCCCAUCCGGGAGGGCGAGCCCGCCCAGCUCUCCUGCUACGCCGUGGGAGAUCCCAAGCCGAGCAUCCAGUGGUUUAAGAACGACAUGGUCAUAGCCGAAGGACAGCGCAUCAAGAUAAUCGAGGACGAGGACGGCCGCUCCACGCUCAAAUUCGACCCCUCGAUGCAUCACGACGUCGGGUUCUAUAAAGUUGUAGCGAGAAAUAAAGUCGGCCAAACCGUGGCGAGGACGAGAAUAGUGGAGGCCACCAGCCCCGACGCCCCCGACAGCCCCACGGUCGCAGACUUGUCCGAUACGGAGGUGCUGCUCAGGUGGAAGCAGCCGAAGUACGACGGCAACUCCCCGGUGCUGUGCUACAGCCUGCAGUACAAGGAAGGCGACAGCGUCGACUGGAAGACGGUCGCCGAGAACAUCGACCACGAGUUCUUCGUGGUGCGCGGCCUUCAGCCCGAGACCAGCUACCAGUUCAGGCUGGCCUCGAGGAACAGGAUCGGCUGGAGCGACAAGGGCAUCCCGACCAACCUGGUGAAGACGAAGGAGGCGGGCGCCGCGAAAAUAGAAGUCACGAAAGCCAUGAAACACCUGCAGCAGCUGACGGAAUCCGGACAGGAGAUCGUCUUGAACGAGGAGAAACCGAGACUGGACUACGGCGCCGAGAACGAGCCCAAAGACUGGGACACGAGCGAGUCCUUCACCGAGAGGUACAGCUUCAUAUCGGAGCUAUGGCGCGGCAAGUUCUCAAUAGUCGUGAAAGGAAUCGACAAGACCAACGAUAGCGUCGUGGUCGCAAAAAUUUUGGAAUGCCGACCGGAAACAGAGAUUCAAGUACAAAGGGAAUUCGAAUGUUUGAGGAGGCUCAGACACGAGAGGAUAUCUAACUUGCUGGGCGCCUACCAGACUCCCGGGUCGCCGGUGGCCGCGCUCAUAUUAGAAAAACUACAAGGAGCCGACAUCCUGACGUAUCUCUCGAGUCGGCACGACUACACCGAACAGAUGGUCGCGACCAUCGUCAUUCAGAUCCUGGACGCGCUGCAGUACCUGCACUGGCGGGGCUACUGCCACCUCGACCUGCAACCCGACAACGUGGUCAUGUCCUCGGUGAGGGCCAUCCAGGUCAAACUCAUCGACUUGGGAUCGGCGCACAGAGUCACCAAGCUAGGAACCAGCGUGCCACAAGUGGGCGAAUUGGAAUACAAAGCGCCCGAGGUGAUCAACGACGAGCCGGCGUUCCCACAGAGCGACAUCUGGUCGCUGGGCGUGCUCACCUACAUCAUGCUGUCGGGCACUUCGCCCUUCCGCGGCGCAGAUGACUCGGAGACCAAACAGAACAUCUCCUUCGUGCGCUACCGCUUCGAGCACCUUUACAAGGAGAUCACGCAGGAGGCCACGCGGUUCCUGAUGUUCGUGUUCAAGAAGGUACCCCUGAAGCGGCCGUCAGCGGAGGAGUGCUACGAGCACCGCUGGCUCGCGCAAUCAGACUUCAUACACAAGAAACGCGAGAGAGCCGUCUUCCUCGGCAACAGGCUAAAGGAAUUCUCGGAGGAAUAUCACGAGAAGAAAGCGCGGGAAGCGUCCCAAGCUGACACCGUAGCGACGGCAUUCGGACAGGUGGCCGCGCGACAUCUCACGCGCUCCAACAGCAUCCAGGAGGAACUGCUCACCAACUUCUCCAGCCACUGACCACCGCUCACCACUCACUCACCAUUCAUCACCUCUCACCGUUAAACCAGAACAAAUUAUUAAAUGCUGUUCAAACGAUAGUUUAUUAUAAAAAUCAUAGAUUAUUUAUGGUAAUGUUUGAAAAGAAUGGAAUUUAAAUGUUAACAAUUUAUUUUUACUCUCACUGGUCAUCAAUAUAUGCUAAUGCUAAUUAAGUAUUCACUGACAAGUUGUAACACAAACAAUAA